AUGUCUGGAUACGCUAGUUCAUCGUCAUGGACUUCUUUCUUGAAGUCUAUCGCGUCGUUUAACGGUGAUUUGUCAUCGUUGUCUGCUCCACCUUUCAUCUUAUCACCCAGUUCGUUGUCAGAAUUCUCACAAUACUGGGCAGAACAUCCAGAUUUGUUCCUAGAGCCUGCUUUAAUCAAUGAGAGCAAUUAUAAGCAACAAGUGAAGGCCUGUGAUGACGAAGUUGACUCUCUGGAGGUCGCUAGGAUGUUAGCUGUGGUAAAGUACUUUAUCUCUACACUUAAGUCUCAAUAUUGCUCCCGUAAUGAAUCGAUGGGUACUGAGAAGAAACCAUUGAAUCCAUUCUUAGGUGAGUUGUUCGUCGGUAAGUGGGAGAAUAAAGAUCACCCCGAAUUUGGUGAAACUGUGCUGCUAAGUGAACAAGUGUCUCAUCAUCCUCCAAUCACUGCUUAUGCGGUAUUCAAUGACAAGAAUGAUGUCAAAUUGCAAGGUUACAAUCAGAUCAAAUCUUCUUUCUCGAAAUCACUUAUGUUGAGCGUGAAGCAAUACGGUCAUGCCCUCUUGGAGAUCGGUAAAGAGUCAUACUUAAUCACUCUUCCACCUUUGCAUAUCGAAGGUAUACUAGUUGCAUCUCCUUUCGUCGAGCUGGAGGGCAAAUCUUACAUUCAAUCGUCCAGUGGCCUACUAUGUGUUGUUGAAUAUAGUGGUAGAGGAUAUUUCUCUGGUAAGAAGAAUUCUUUCAAGGCAAGAAUCUACCGUGACUCCAAGGACUCCAAGGAAAAGGAAAAGGCUCUGUACACGAUAUCCGGUCAAUGGUCCGGCACCUCGAAGAUCACCAAGAACAACGGAAAAUCAAAGGAUGAAUCCUCCACUGUCUUUUAUGAUGCUACUAGGACACCAGCAGAGCACUUGAAGGUCAAACCUUUGGAAGAACAACACUCUUUAGAGAGUAGAAAGGCAUGGAAGGAUGUCGCCGAGGCCAUCAAGCUAGGUGAUUUCGACCUCAUCGGUCAAAAGAAGACAGAGCUAGAAGAAAAACAGAGAGAAUUGAGGAAAGACGAAGAGGCUAACGGUGUCAGUUGGCAAAGAAGAUGGUUCAAGGACGUUGAUUACUCACCAAAUCCUGAGAAUGCCGUCUACGUUCCAGAAAAAGACGAUAUCUUUAACAAGUUAACUUCCCAAUGCCAUCUCUCGACCAAGAAUGUUUCUUCUGGUACUUUGGUAGACGAGAAGGAUGACAAGAAGGACGCUACUUCAUUGCACUGGAGAUUUCAAAGAAUGCUUUGGGAUAACGAGAAGGAAAUUACUUUAUAA